AACCAUGCCGCAACACCUAACUCUCCUCCUAGACUGUCCCGUCCUCAUUGCUGCCAUUUUCAUCUGCAGCAUCGGGGGGACAUUUCAAUAUGGGUUCAGUGUUUCUGUGAUGACAUCCCCCUCUUUUUUCAUAAAGGAGCUGGUGAAUAAAAGUUGUGUACACAGAUAUGACCGAAUCUUAAAGGAGUGGGAGGUCUCUCUUAUCUGGUCCUUCACUGUGUCCAUUUUCUGCAUCGGGGGGUUACUGGGAUCACUGAUGGCAGGUUCCCUCAGUUCAAGAUUUGGCAGAAAGCACUGCCUUCUGUUAAACAAUUUUUUGGCUAUAUUUGGGGCCAUAUUGAUGCUCUUGAGCCGAACAGCCAAUUCUUUUGAGAUGAUAAUGGUGGGAAGAUUUCUUUAUGGCCUCAAUGCAGGGGUUGGUCUUUCAGCUCAAGCGAUGUAUCUCACUGAGUCUGCUCCUAAGCGGCUAAGAGCGAUGGUGGGCGUCACCAUUGCGACCUCUUUAUCUUUUGGGAAGUUCCUUGGUCAGCUGCUGGGGAUCAGAGAGUUGCUUGGCACAGAGAAGAAUUGGCACUGGCUGCUUGGUUUCAAUGGUUUCACUGCAUUAUUCCAGCUCUGCACUCUGCCGUUCCUACCAGAGUCUCCAAGAUACCUGUUGCUGGAAAGAGGGAAUGUCCAGGCCUCUGAGAAUGCUUUUAGGAAAUUAUGGGGCAAAAAUGACUACAACAAGGAAGUUGUGGAGAUGCUGGAAGAGAAAGCAGCGCUGCAGAGCGUCCGAAGCUGCUCGGUGUUGGAGUUAAUUCAGAACCGAACAGUUCGCUGGCAGCUCCUCACCAUUGUUAUCGCCUUCACUGCACUGCAGCUCUGUGGUCUCAAUGCUGUGUAUUUUUACUCUUUUGAAGUAUUUCGAGCUGCAGGGAUCCAAGAACAAAGGUUAGCAUAUGCUGCCUUGGGUACAGGCCUGUGUGAAGUCUCCACCUCCUUAGCCUGUUUCAUGAUAAUUGAGAGCAUCGGCAGAAAGGUCCUGCUGUUCAGAGGCUACAUGGGAAUGGCUGCAGCUCUGGGCCUCCUCUCUGUCACUGUUUACUUUCAGAAAACUGUCUGGUGGAUGCCGUACUGCAGCAUGGUUCUUGUUUUCCUCUUCAUUUCUUUCUUUUCCAGUGGACCAGCUGCGACAACAGUUUCUCUUCCGGGGGAGAUCUUAACUCAGUCGUUUAAAUCAGCUGGAUACACACUUGGAUGCACUGUUAACUGGACCUGCCUGUUUGUACUGGGGACGGUUUUCCCCAUCUUAGUGGGGAAUCUGGGUAAUUUUUGCUUCCUUAUAUUUCUGGCUGUCUGCCUCAUUUGUGGGCUUCAUGUGAAAUUUAACAUGCCGGAGACCAAAGAUCGAACAGCGCUGGAGAUAUCUGUUGAGUUUGAGAGGAUGCAUGCCAAAGAUAAAGCCUCAGAGAAGAAAAAGGCAUCUGAAAUCAAAGUACAAGAGACCAAAUUAUGAUAAAGGAAGAGGUUGGUAAGGCCUAAAACUACAAAAGUGCCAAUAUUUUAGGUUUAUAAAUCUGUGUUUUUUUCCCCCUAAUAGAUUUCAGUAAAAAAAGUAGAUAGAUGAGGGAAAUAUUGGCUAAUGAAAAUCAGACCACAUGUUCAGAGUUAUACAGAGUAUUAUGUUGUACUUUUACACUUAACAGUAAAUGCAUGUAGUGUGAUGACGUUGCAUGAUUUCAGAAUAAAGAAAGAUAUUGUUUAAUUGUACAUAAUAAAUAAUACUUGUCAUUGUGAAUAAAAUACCAGUUUUGUUCCUGCUCAUAAAUUAAUUAAAUUGACAUGUUUUUUAAAUUAA